AAAGGACAUGUAGCACAGUGAGAAGGAAACCUGCAUGGUUUUAAGUCACUGAGAUUUGGGGGAUGUUUGUUCCUGCAACAUCACCCGGCCUCUCCCAACUGAGUAGGCUUGAGCUAAAUCCCCACUCCCAUGAUGCAUCUCUGUGCACAAAGACUAAAGAGAGUAAACAAUGCAACAUACCAGAACACAACCCCACAAAACAUUCCGAAUUCCAUGUCUCACCAGCAUUCUUUCUUCCUCUUGGCUUAUAUUAGGGGUGGAGGAUGUGGUUCAUUACAAAGAAUGAGUAUUUUGAUAGCUUCUCAUUCUUGGAACUAUUCUGCAGGUUUAUAACAAAGCUCAGAAAAUGCUAAAGCUUAAAGGAGAAUUGAGAGGUGCCAAGGAAAUGAAAGAUGAGGCUGGGGAGAGAGACAGAGAAGUGAGCAGCCUGAACAACAAGCUCUUGAGCCUGCAAGUUGACAUCAAAAAUCUGCACGAUGUUUGCAAGAGACAGGGGAAGACCUUGCAGGAGAAUCAGCUCUGCGUGGAGGAGGCGAUGAUGAGCGACAACCACAAUAAGAAACAAGCAUUAGCAUUCCAGGAGUCGCGGAUGGAGUUUGAGCCCAGUAAACAGUGCCAUCUGAGACAACUCCAACAACUCAAGAAAAAAUUGCUAGCCCUUCAGCAAGAACUGGAGUUCCGCACAGAGGAGCUGCAGACUUCUUACUGUUCCCUCCUGCAGUAUCAGUCUGUCCUAGAGAAGCAGACUUCUGACCUGGUUCUUCUCCACCAUCACUGCAAACUGAAAGAAGAUGAGGUGAUUCUCUAUGAGGAGGAAAUGGGGAAUCAUACUGAGAACACGGGCGAGAAGCUUCAUUUGGCCCAGGAACAACUUGCUUUGGCCGGGGACAAGAUCAUCUCCCUAGAAAGGAGUUUAAGCCUCUACAGGGAUAAAUACCAGACUUCCCUGAGCAACAUCGAGUUACUGGAGUGCCAAGUGAAGAUGUUGGAGGGGGAGCUCAGCGGGAUCGUCGGUCAGGAGACUGAGAAUAAGGGUGACCAUUCAAAAGUGCGUAUAUACACAUCUUCCUGCAUGAUUCAAGAGCAUCAGGAGACCCUGAAACGACUGUCUGAAGUCUGGCAAAAGGUCUCUGAACAGGAUGAUCUAAUCCAGGAACUUCGAAAUAAAUUAGCCUGCAGCAAUGCUUUGGUUCUAGAGCGUGAAGAGGCUUUGAUAAAAUUACAAGCAGACUUUGCUUCCUAUACAGCCACACACAGACAUCCUCCUAGUUCCUCAGAAGAUUGUGAAGACAUUAAAAAGAUACUGAAGCACUUGCAGGAGCAGAAAGACAGCCAGUGCCUACAUGUGGAGGAGUAUCAGAACCUAGUGAAGGACUUGCGCAUGGAGCUAGAGGCCGUGUCAGAGCAGAAGAAAAACAUCAUGAAGGACAUGAUGAAGCUGGAGCUGGACUUGCACGGGCUGCGGGAAGAGACAUCUGCCCAUAUGGAGAGGAAGGAUAAGGAGGUUUCCAUCCUGCAAAGGCGGCUGCAGGAGCUACAGAUGCAGUUCACAGAGACCCAGAAGCUGGGCUUGAAGAAAGACAAGCUCCUCCAAGAGAAAGAUGAAAUGUUGCAUGAGCUCGAGAAAGAACUGUCACAGGUUCAGAACAGCCUCAUGAAAAAGGAGAUGGAGUUGGAGAAGCAGCAACGAAUGACAACAGAACUUGAAAGCACCAUCCAGGAAGCAAAGCAGGAUAAGUCCAGGGCAGAGUGUGGGGCCCUGCGAGCUGAGAUCCAGAAGCUGAAGGACAAUCUCGAAGAUGCCCAACAGCAACAGAAGCUGGCAGCUCAGCAAGCCUCCCAGUACAAAGAAGAGACCCUUCUGGCAAAGAAUAACCUGGAGGAUGCGCAGAGGAAACUGCAAAGCUACCUUUUCCUGGAGAAGCAGAAGACAGAGACCAUCCAGGAGCUGCAGAGAGAACUUCAGAAGCUGCAGAAGGAUUCCUUGAUGGCUGGAGAGGAACUCGCUCCCAACAGGAAGCGGAUAGAGGAGCUGACAUUGGAACUCUCUGAGACCCGGAAGAAGCUUGAAAAUUCAGAAAAGGAAAAGAGGCAGUUCCAGAAGACCACGACUGAGCAGGAAAUGAAGCUGAAUGAACUGCUAGACCAUCUAAAACUCCUUCAACACCAGCACAGGGAGCAAGGCUCUGCCAAAACCAGUCUAACCGAGGAGCUUCAGGAGGUGACAAGAUUACUGGAGGAGAAACGGGAGCAGUUGAAAAAGAGCAAAGAACAGGAGAAGUUGCUGGAGCAAGAGCUUGAGACAUUCCGACAGGAGGAAAAAAGGAAAGAAAAAAUGACAAAGGAAAAUUUGCGGAUGUUGGAGGAGGAAAAUGAGAAUGUCAAAGCACAGUUAAUGCAAUGUUCCGCACAACUGGAAUCCUCUCUGAGCAAACAAAACGCCUCCCAGCAAGUCAUCCAAGAGCUAAACAAUGAGCUAGUCCUUCAGAAGGAUGCCUUAGAGAGUCUGCAGGUCCAGCUGGAGAAGGCUGUGCACAAGGAGAAGCAAUAUCUGCAGACCAUGGUCUCUAAAGAAGCCUAUGAGGAACUGUCCCGAAAGUCAGUCGCAUGCCAAGAUGACCUGACACAAACUCUCGAGAAGCUCAAUCAUACGACCUCAGAGACCAAGAGCCUGCACCGAAGCUUGGCACAGGCCCAAGAGAGGAAAGCUCAGCUGGAAGAUGAAAUCCUUGCUUACGAGGAGAGGAUGAAAAAGCUCAACAUGGAACUAAAAAAACUGCAGGGCUUCCAACAGCAGAGUGAGCUAGAGGUUCAAGCCUUCGACAAGAAGCUGGAGGAGAUGAGCAACCAAGUGUUGCAGUGGCAGAAGCAGCACCAGAGUGACCUCAAGAUGCUGGCAGCUAAAGAAGAGCAGCUCCGGGCUUUCCAGGAGGAAAUGGCCACCCUGAAAGAGAACCUCCUGGCAGAUGAGAAGGAGCCCUCUAGUGUGCCCCAGCGGUCUGUGACUAAAGACACCUGUAGGCUACGCCGAGAGAAUGAUCAGAUUAUGUCCAACAUGGAGCAAUGGGCAAAAGAGCAGAAGAUCGCCAAUGAGAAACUAGGAAACAAGCUCCGUGAGCAAGUCAAAUAUAUUGCCAAGCUGACUGGUGAAAAGGACCACCUCCACAAUGUAAUGGUCCAUCUGCAGCAAGAAAACAAGAAACUGAAGACUGAGAUAGAGGAGAAGAAGCUGAAAACUGGGCACCCAAGGCUAUACACCAAAGCCCUGGGCCCGAGCAAGACGGAGCCCAUACAGAAGGGAAAAGUGUGUGCCACCUUGGGCUGGAGGGGGACGACCCAGGACAUGACCCAAAGAAUGGACAUCACCAAGUUUGUUGGGAUACCCCACUGCUCCGGUUCCUCAUAUUGCUAGAAUCAUCACCUUGCCCUGGGCAUCAUUUCCACGUACGUUUUUCAGAGGACAGUGAUUUUCCACCCCUCUCUCUUGACCUGGAUCAGCUCUUACAGGAAUGCAUCAAGGCCCCUGCCUAUUUUGCAAGAUGCUAACAUUUUAUUGAGUUUUGUCCACUUUCUGCAAUGGAGUGAGCAUUGGAACCAUACUACCAUCUCCAGACCCAAAUUCUAAAAUAAAGACAUGAGCAUAGCUGUCUCCGUGAGCUCUUGGCGUCUUGCAGACAUCUCUGUCCCCUCCAGCCCACAGCAACAUGUUCAUCCCUGUUUUCUCUGGAUUCUAAAAGACUUUCAUAUAUACGAGAAAGCCAUAAUUCUCGAAGCAAGUUUAUUUGGAUUAUUUGGAUUAGUUUUUAAACCAACAAUAGAUAAUUAGCUCCCCCUUUAUUUUUUCUAUGUGCCUGGAAUGCAAGAAAAAAAAAAAACUUAAAAACCUCAAAAAGGAAAGUAAUCCCAAGACCCAAAAGAAAGGCAGAGACAUGAGUGGUGCAUUUUCUGAACGGAGAAGGGACAUAGCCAACCGCUUUCUUUCCGCCAUAUUGCCUUUCUCCUUUAACAAUUUUAUUUUUCUCCCCAGCCAGCUCAAUACAAUUCCAUUACAACAAACUCCAAGGACAGCUAAACUAUUUUAUUGUGGUAGGAUUUUGUUAAACUGAAUACAUGUCUGGAAUUUAUAUUCUUGGUCUGUAGGAAAUUAGUUACUAAGGUAAAGUAAGAGAAAGAAAUGGAAGCGUUUGUGUCUAGGUGGUGGGGGGCGCAGGAGAAGUGAAGAAACCCACUAGCUGGUAAAGAUUCUUAAAUAUUCUUGCCUCCCUCCCCAGACAGACAAAAGCCAAGACAUGUUACAUAGCAUGUCCCUGCCAGUACUUGGCAAGGGCAAAUAAGGAAAAUGCAGCGUUGGGGCAGGAAUGAUGGGCAUCUCUGGUAGUCUCCGCUGCGACAGUUGUUGUCUGAUUGCUUGUGCUUAUUUUUGACUGUGUAUCCCCACCAGGUUUAGAGUAAGGAUAUAUUUUCCAGAGGAAACAAAAAGUGAAGAACCUGGUAGUAAUGAAAUGAUUUCCUGCUUCUGGCCUGUGGCCCAUUUAUUCAAACAAAAUUUCAACGUCAUUAAAAUCCCCAAUACAGUCUACUGGAAAAAAAAAAAGCAUUUUGUCCCUCUAUUUAUGAAAAUGUGUCAUAUUUACUGGUUUGGACAGUAGUAGCUGGAUACUUUGAAUGUGGCACAUUUUUUGAAAGUUAUCUUUCCCUUCUUGCGGGGUCAUUCCACCAGAGCAGGGCAGGUAGUGAGCUAUGGGGAGCAAAGGAGCAGCAGAGUUAGAAAAACAUGGACAUGUCACCUAGCCAUCUGGCCUUGCAAGCCCAACCAGGGAGAUCUGAUGGGGUAGAGGGGUUGAACUUAGGGAAAUGUAGUUUCUCUAAAGAUAAGGCAAAGGCCAGAAAAGCUAACUGUAAUUCUUUAAAAAAAUAAAUAACCAAAGGGGUUUCUAAAAAGUAAUUUGAAUAGCUAAUAAUAGAAAUGGUCUCUAUGAUACAGUAAUGCUGGUUUCAUGUCAUUAUACAUUUCCCAAACCCAUGGAGUAUGUAACAUCAGGAGUGAACCCUCACGUAAAGUCUGGGGUCUGUAGGAUAAUGUGUCAGUGUAGCUUCAUCGAGUGUGACACAUGAACCAGUCAGGUAGAGGAUGUUGUUAGUGGGGAGGCUGUGCUUGUGGCGGGUGGGCAUCUCAGUACUUCCUGCUCAAUUCUGCUGUGCACCUACAACUGCUCUAAGAAGUAACCAAAGGAAGGAAAGAAAGAGUUACAAAGCUAGGACUAACUUUAGCCAAGGGGAUUUUCAGUAAAGUGUGUGCUUUGGCCACCCAGUGGGAAGAUGUCACUCAGAUUCCGAUACCUGGGACGCACAGAAUCCUUUGUAGCAGAUCCUCUUCUGCCCACCGGAGUAUAACUUCCUCCCCCAAGCUGAAGAAACCCAGAGCAGACAUCAGACACUGCAACCUGCCUAAAGGGAAGGAGGAGCUCUCUGCAACCACCAUGGUGCCCCUUAAGCACUUGGCUUCUGAGGCUUCUCUACACAGCCCAGCUGAGGAGGAGGCUUCCUGCCAUAGAUAGGACCUGGCAGGCAAGCUCUGGGGUCCCUAGAAUGAGCCCCCAUCUCAGCCUGAGACCCUCAAAUGCUGACAUUUUUAAUGUGUCUAAAGUGCCAUUACCAUCACCUAGGCAUUUACGGAGAGAUGCACGUGACUGAGAGCGAGAGGAGGCGCCCAUAAAGGUGUCCAGUUCAGCGGCCUCACUGUUCCCUCACACCACGAAGCCUGAAGGCCACUUUUCAGAACCCACUUCAGGGCUGUUGUCACAGAUAUGCUUUUUUAUCUCUGGGGGCAAAAAUUGGUUAGUAUCUGAGGAAGAGUGGUAAGAAUCAGAGUAUAAAGCUGGAAGGAAUUUUAAGGUGGAUCUGAAUGGAAAGGUCCAUAAACUAAAGAAAACAUUAGAGACAGAAGUCCAGAGAGACUCUUGUGCAGAAGUCCCAACGCCAAAGAAGAUUCAGGAAGUGCUGGGCAGGGACCCUCCCCAAACAGCCUGUGGCACCUGUAUGUAUUCCUUGUUUUUAAAUGAGAAGGCUGGGUUGACCCAUGGUUUCCAUAACCUCUGGCUUCAUUUUUGUGACCUAGGGAACGUGAAGGUAAGCUCGUGGCCAAGGUCACAGCCUUUUACUAACAAAGCCAUAUUCACCGGAACGGCAGUUUUUGCCCUGUUCUGAUGCAUCCCUAGCCCAAGUCUGUAAUGAGAUCACAUACUCAGCUUGCUUCUUUCUACAGAGCAGGUAGACACGUUCUGCUAGCCCUCCCGAUGCCAAGAUUAGAAGCCUUCCCAGAGGAGCAGCCAGAAGCCCUCUCUUCAGUCCAGAGCCACGAAAAGUCAGUUUCUACCUGAAUUCCCAAUAAAAGCAGUUAGAGGUAUAAAGAAUGGAAUUAGAGGUAGUGGCUGGUGCUGGCUGGUGAAGCCAGGCUUCCAAACUCAUCCAUAAAACUGACUUAAAUUUUAAAUCUACGUCCCAGGGACAAUGUGAGAAAAGGAAUAGAAGUAAGUGAGCAGCACCACCCAAGAGGCUGGAGCUGAGUGCGGCCUGCAUUCAAGGUGCUUCUGAGCCCCAGGCCAAGCCCAUCAGUUGGCAGCUCUUCAGCCCCAGCACAGAACCUUGUAACCAGCAUGCCUGGCAGAAGCCCCAUCCCAGGUGAUCAGAAAAUAAGGGCCGUGGGUCAUACGAAAGGCCAAAUACCCAAAAAGCCACCUCAGCAGAUCAAGGCUGCUUCAUAAGAGAAAGGACUAGAUGAUCCAGCAAGGAUCAUCUUUUAUGUGAAAUCAAUAAGCAAUGUCUAUUUUUGCCAAUACAUCACCCUUCCACAUGCAGAGCAGGAACUUCUGCCAUUCUGAGCAGUAGCGCCUCAAACCCACCCCUGGGGAAGGGCAGGGGGCACAUGGCUGCUCAUCAACUUCCCGCCUGGCCCCUGGCCAGCCUUGCCUUGCCCACCAGCCUUGGGAAGAGCAAGGCACCCCCAGAGUUCAACCAGUCCAGGGCCCCAGGCCAUUACGCUUCCCUAUAGCCACGUCCCAUCUGCCAACCGCCUCAAAGAGGCACUACCCAGAGAACAGAAAUAAGGCGAGCUGAGGUUUUAGAAGGAUCCACCCAAGGA